AAAGAAGAAUAAACCAAACCCUAGCUAGCUACCAAAACUACUCAUAACCAAAACAUGGCUCAAUUAAGCUCCAUCUCAGCCAAUACAGAGGCGCUGAGCCACGUCCUGGGCCUAGUGGAGGCCUUCAGGGCCUUCGACUCCGACAAUGACGGUGCCAUCACCGCCGAAGAGCUCGGCGGAAUCAUGGGAUCGCUCGGCUACAACCCGACCGAGCAGGAAGUGAAAGCCAUGAUGUUGGAAGGAGACAAGAACAAGGACGGGCUGUUGAGCGUGGAGGAGUUUCUGGAGAUGAACACCAAGAAUCUCGAUCUCGGAGGGCUCGGAAACUACCUCAUGAACGCUUCUGAAGUUCUCAAUAAUAAUAAUAAUAAUAAUAUUAAUGAUGGGACUUUCGAGAUGGUGAGUGGGGAAGAGUUGUUUCAGGUUUUGGGGAGUUUAGGGAUAGAAUUGAAGUUGGAAGAUUGUCAAAACAUCAUUGCUUCCAUGGAUAUGGAUGGGGAUGGAUUUGUUAGCUUAGAUGAUUUCAAUCUUAUUGUUAGUUCUCUUCUUUAAGUAGAUAAAUAUAUACGUGUGUCUACGUUGAGAUCCAAGCUAUAUAGCUAUAUAUAUAUAUAUAU